GAAGAGCACAGCAGUGGAAGUGUAUUCAAAGAAAACAAAGUCAAAGACAGAUUUCAUAGAGAAAGAUGGAGAUUUAAAAAGUUGUUCCUCUGAAGAUAUAAGGAAAGAAUCAAGUUCAAGGGAGGAUUGUACACCAAUGGAAGUGAAUUCAAAAAACCCAAAUUCAAAGAUUCAUUUCAUUGAGAAAGAUGGAGAUUCUAAAAGCUGUACCUCUGAAGAUGAUUUACAGAAUGAUCUUGUUAGUGAUAGUUGCGGAACUGAGUACAUGGAAUCUGAUCAGGAAGAUGUAUAUGAUGAGAAUUUCGAGUCCAAAAUUGUAACUGUUGAUAAAGCAUUUUAUGUUCGUCAGAAAGAGGACGACGUUUCAGAAAAUAAAAAUGAUGGAUCUAGAAAGAUAGAAGAUUCAGAUGAAGAAAAGGAAGAUGUUUAUGAAGAGAAAGAAGAUACAGGUAAAGAAAAAGAAGAUGCAAAUGAAGAGAAGAUUUCUGGAAGAAUCAUUCUAAAUGUAAAAAUAAAAAAACCUAAAGAAAGCAUUUCAGAAGAGAAAAUGAUCGAAAAUUGUGGAAGCAUUAUAUUGAAGAAGAGAGUGCCAGUGAUAAAGCUGCCAAGGAUUUCAAAGGAGAAGUUGCUGGAGGAUUAUGAAAAGAGUAUUUCAAAGAAGAGCACAGCAGUAGAAGUGUAUUCAAAGAAGGGAACUUCAAAGACUGAUUUCAUAGAGAAAGAUGGAGAUUUGGGAAGUUGUUCCUCUGAAGACGAUUUACAGAAUGAUGAUUUUAGUGAUAGUGAUGGAUCUGAGUACGUGGAAUCUGACCAGGAAGCUGUAAGUGAUGAGAGUUCCGAGUCCAAAAAUGUAACUAGCGAUAAAAUAUUUGAUUGUUUUCUUUGUGGUGAAAAGUUUUCGACUAAAAUUAAAAUGGUACAUUACAGACGACAGCACAACUUAAAAGGUGCAAUUUGUGAAGAGUGUGGCAAAGUGACUAAGUCUAGAUCUGCUCUUGUUUGUCAUAAGAAAAUUCACAGGGCUAAAAAGGGGGAAAGGGUGAAAAAGGUGAAAUGUAGAGUUUGCAAAAAGUCUUUCUCAGAAGCUCUCCAUUUACGCCAGCAUGUUUGUAAUGAGGAACUAAGAGUUAGACAUAUUUGUGAGUUAUGUGGAUCUACAUACGGCAGAAGGGCUGACUUGAAUCAACAUAUGCUUAAAGUGCAUGACGAUAGAACAUAUGAUUGUGGACAGUGCGGAAAAUCUUUUAAUCAUCCAGCUAAUUUAAGAGUACAUCUUAAGAUCCACAAAGGAGAAAAAUCCUUUAUCUGUGACAUCUGUGGGAAGGGAUUCAUAUUCUCCGGGGCAAUGAAUCGCCACAAGAGGAUGCAUGCAGGUAUUAAACCCUUUAAAUGCAUUACAUGUGGAAAGUUCUUUAGAUCGAGAUACGAAUUAAAAUGUCACCAGCGCAUUCAUACAAAGGAGUUGCCAUUCCAAUGUGACCUGUGCCCAAAAGCUUGCAAUCAAAAGACCUCCCUCCAGUUACAUGUGAAAAACCAUCAUCAUUAUGAUAAAAGUGAUAUGUGACAUGAUCAUGUGCCUCCUCUUGUAAAGAUGUUCUAAGACUUGUUUAAGUUUUUUUGUCUCUUUAUCUGUGCAUGUUUUAAAAUACCUUGCUUUAUUUAA